CCUAGACUCAAAAACAACCCACCUCUAAUUUCGUUCAGUUUGGUGCACAUUCUAUUUAAAAGAGUCGGAAAUUGCAUGUUUUAUGUUUUGUGUUCCAUUUUGUAAAGCCGCCAUUUUUCACAGAGAUGUCGACCUAUUUUGGGGUCUAUAUCCCGACCUCCAAGGCUGGCUGUUUUGAGGGAUCCGCGUCCCUAUGCGUCGGUUCAAUAGCCGCGGUGAACAUAAAGCCACCGCCUCCCAAUGGAUCUCCGCCCGGAUCGGGAUUAUAUCAGCAAUCCGAGUCCCCAAACGAAAACAAUGCUGCCAAGUACGAGGAUCCAGAUUAUCCAUCGGACUCGCCAUUGUGGCUGAUCUUCACGGAGAAAUCCAAGGCACUGGACGUCCUGCGUCAAUACAAAGAGGCCCGCCUGCGUGAGUUUCCCAAUCUGGAGCAGGCGGAGAGCUACGUUCAGUUUGGAUUCGAGAGCAUCGAGGCGCUCAAGAGAUUUGGCAAGGCGAAGCCCGAAAGUAAACCCAUUCCGGUUAGUGGCGGUGGUUAUAAGAGCUCACCGGGCUCCACAGACAAUUCGUAUUCCUCGUCACCGACGAGCGGUGGCUUUAGCAUUCCCCUGGGGAGCAGUCCCUCGAUGUCUACUUUGCUAUUGAGCAGCUCGCCCACUUCUUUGACGAGCAACAGCAGCGUUAUCAUUGCCAAUGGCCGCCAGCAGCAGCAGCACCACCACCACCAACACCAACAGUUGCAUCAGCAACAGCAACAGCAGCAACAGGAAAUGUCCGGAGAACGUCCGCCUUUCCAGGCGCCCACCAAACAGGAACUGGCCGAGUUUCGCCGCCAAAUCGAAGGUGGGCACAUCGAUCAGGUCAAGCGGAUUGUGUGGAAGAAUCCAAGGUAUUUGAUCAGCAGUGGCGACACACCGACCAGUUUGAAGGAGGGCUGUCGCUAUAAUGCCAUGCACAUUUGCGCCCAAGUGAACAAGGCACGGAUUGCCCAGUUGCUGUUGAAAAUAAUUUCCGAUCGCGAGUUCACACAGCUGUAUGCUGGCAAGAAGGGCAGCAGCAACAUGUGCGCCGCCCUCAACGAAAGCUUGUUGGAUUACUAUCUGAAUAUGCCGGACAAGUCGCGUGGCGAGACGCCGCUUCAUUUUGCCGCAAAGAACGGGCAUGUCGACAUGGUCGAGCUGCUCAUUUCCCAUCCGGAAUGCAAGUCUCUGCGGAAUCACGAGGGCAAGGAGCCAAGGGAAAUUAUUUGCUUGCGCAAUGCGCAGGCCUCCAAUGUGACGAUCAGGAAGCUGCAGUUGCUGCUGAACAAUCCAUUCUUUGUGCCCGUGCUGAGAUCCAAUUCGAAUACAUUGCCUCCGCAAGUGGGACAACCGUUCACGCCCACCAAUCCGCCGAGUCUGCAACACAAGACGGACGAGUGCGAGGGCCUUAGUGUGGACUUAAAAAUCAGCGCUGUGGCUGGACCCAUGUCGCGUGAGAAGGCGAUGAACUUCUACCGCCGCUGGAAGACACCGCCGCGAGUCAGCAACAAUGCAUCGCCGUUGGGCAGCUCGCCAUUUAGCUCGCCGAUGAAGGUGACGCCUAGCAAGUCGAUCUUUAACCGCAGCGUCGGCAACUCGAGUCCGGUUCACUCCGGACGCAGGGCGCUCUUUAGCCCGGCCACCAGUUCACCGAAACGGUCGACAACAACGACGACGGGCCAACCGAACGGCAGUAAUGAGUGCGAGAGCAACAACAACGAUGUGAAGACGGAGCCUCACUUGGAGUUCCCCGCCACACCCAUACGCCAGAUGAAACCGGAUUUAUUUAUGGCCUAUCGGAACAACAACAUCAUCGAUUCGCCCUCCUUGGCCGACAACUCCGUGCUGUUUGACCUGAGCCUGAGCCGCAGCCUGAAUGUGUCCUUGAACGACAGCUUCCAGGAGCGUCACAUCAAGAACUCGGACAUCGAAAAGGGCCUGGAGGUGGUGGGCCGUCAAUUGGCGCGCCAGGAGCAAUGUGAAUGGCGCGAGUACUGGGACUUCAUUGACUCGAACGUGGACAUCUCCACAAGCGACGGCCUGGCCCGUUUCGAGGCCUAUCUACUGGAGAGGGCCGAGCAGCAGGCGGAUAAAUUGGAAACGGUGUGGAACUUUUCCAAUCUUCAUCAGUAUUUGGAUUUGAUGGCUGGCGGUCAGCAGCAACAGCAGCAGCAGCUCCGAAAGGGAAGGAAUGCUGCUGCGGCGACAGCAACUGGUCAUGCUGCCGGGGUCAUGACCCCGUACACUUGCGUGGAGAAGUCACUGCAGGUGUUUGCCAAGCGAAUUACCAAGACGCUGAUCAACAAAAUCGGCAACAUGGUUUCCAUAAACGAUACGCUGCUCUGUGAGCUUAAGAGACUGAAAUCGCUGAUUGUCAGCUUUAAAGAUGAUGUGCGCUUCAUGGGCGUGGACUUUAGCAAGGUGCACUCGCGCAUCGCCCACUUGGUGGCCAGCUAUGUGACCCACUCGCAGGAGGUGAGCGUCGCCAUGCGCCUGCAACUGCUGCAGAUGCUCCGAACUUUGCGCCAACUGCUGGCCGACGAGCGCGGCAAGGAGCAGUACUUGGGCUGUGUGUGCGGCAGCCUGCUGGUGAUGCUGGAACAGGCACCAACCACCGCUGUACAUUUGCCGGACACGCUGAAGACCGAGGAGCUGUGCUCCGCCGCCUGGGAAACGGAGCAGAGUUGCGCCUGUCUGUGGGACGCGAAUCUCAGUCGCAAGACGAGCCAGCGCAAGCGCACCAAGUCGCUGUUGGCAGCCGCCGUUGCCCAGGCCCAGUUGAUAUCGCAACCGGUGGCACAUCAGCUGCAGGAUGCCGAAGGAUCCACCGGAUCCAAUGCCCUGCACGUCUCGCUGAGCCUGGGAGCGCCAAAGGUGGCCAUUGUGGCGCCGAUAUCUACAAAUUCCUGGCGCGAUCGCCAGCAAAGCGAUGAUGAAGACGACGAGAGCGACGAGGAAGCCAAUUUCUUUGAUUGCUCUGAGGUUUCGCCGACUUAUGGAAGCAGCAGCGAGGAUGAGGAGCAAUUCCGUACGCCGCCAGAAAGUUUAUCACCACGCACGUCCGUCAGCGUGGAGCCACGCUACGAGUUGUUUAUAUUUGGAAAUGAGCCAACGAAACGCGAUCGGGAUGUGCUGGAUGCCCUUUUGGAUGUGGACGUGGAGAAGGAGACGUACCCGCAUGUCCACGCCUGGAAGACUGCCAUGGAGGGCUUCUCCAGUGCUGAACUGAAUCUCUUCCCCUCGCCGAAGAAUGUUAAGAUGCAAAAAUCGGAUUUCUGGCUUUCCGACUUCAGCGGUAGCCACAACAAUCAUUCCAAGCGGCUCCUUGCCACGCCCAAGCUGAAUGCCGUGGUCGGCAGAAGGCGGGGCUCCGGCCCAUCAACGCCACCGAUGCCGCCGCGCUUGCCGCGCACUCCGUCGGCAGCCAGAAUUCAAGUGACAACCAACGUGGUGAAUGGAGAAUCGGGAGGCGGCGGCGGCGGCAGCGGCAGCGGCAGUGCCGGAAGCGUUGGCGGCGUCGGCAGCAGCGGCGGUACUUCAUUGGGUUUUGCGGCACUUUCGGCGGCGGCCCAGACGUUCCAAACACCGCUGAACAAGGUGCGCGGCUUGUUCAGCAAAUAUCGGGAUCAACAGGCCUACAACGAGCUGGACUCGCCGCUCUGUGCGAAUAGCGAAAACGGAAGCGGACCGGAGACCGAUCAGGGUAGCAGCGACUGAUGAGCGCGGGUCCGCCAGCAUACUUAAUCCUUAAACAUGCCCUUUGUUAAUUAGUAAUUUUUUUUUUAUAUUUGAAAUUAUGAAAAUCACGAUAAAAAAUGGAAUAAAACUCGAAACUUUUGCUACUAA